AUGGCUCUACUUCCGAAACUCAGUCCCCUUCAAUCCAGGUUUGCCGCUUCUCUGGCCGCAUCUGUCGUUCUUCUGGUUCUCUACCUCUCUUUAACGAAACCCCAUUUUGCAUAUGCCCUUGAACUCGACUCUCGGAUACCUUCCGAAGAUCACAAUCACUACAUCAUACUCAAAACCGAAAAGACCGGUGAUUUUCUUAACGAGGAGGAGAGUAAGAUAAUCGCCCGGGCUGCGGACGGGGUGUCGGCGUUGGCCAACAAUGCACCACAAAACAAAAACAUAAAUAUCGGCGAGGUUCAGAAUUGGGUGUUUCCUACGGAUGCUAUCCAAGGUCCGCACGGCACCACUGGACCGGGUCUGCCAUCUGACGGCCUGGAGAGGCGAGGCAUCGAGGUUGACGUUCCCGAACUGAAAAGACGGCAAAGCGGAAACAAAGUAUAUCUCACCCUUAAUACCUGCUUGCAGCCUUCUGCAAAUACCACUGGCGCCGAUUCUACGAAUUCUAUCCCUCCACAAUUGGAGAUGUACAUCUCCUUGUCCGAAUCAAACCAGAAGCCGGGUCCAGGAUCUGAUGAUCCCGAUCAGCAAACAAUCCAAGUCGACGGUGGAUAUGCCCUUUACGAAGUGGAUGCCGAUAGCGAUGUCUAUGUGGGGGUCUCCGCACCCAAUACCACGGAAUUCAUAGGAAUCUGGAACUAUGAGGUGGCGGCGUCGAUUGAUGGCCCUUACCACGGUUCACAUGGAAAUGUGACGAAUUUGUAUUUCGUGGACGGUGACAACCAUGCAGCACUUCUCAUCACGAAUGAUACCACCCAGGCCCAACCGAAUGAGACUGUGUAUCAGGAAUGGAUGAAACUGAGUCCUCCUUGGGGAGUCUUUGCAGCGAACCAGAAUGAUCGUUCGAUUCUUGGAGUACAAAAAUCUUUUUGCGGCUUGAAAAAUAAUGCGCGAUUAGCUGCCAACAUUGAUGGCUUCGCCAACCAAAACGUGGCCCAAAUGACCAACAGAGGAUUGGGAGGGAAACCAAAAGAACAAUUUUACAUUACCGGACUCAACGCGACUUCGAAAUAUUGGGGCAUUCUAGCGAUGGAUGGCAACUCGACGGCCUCUGGAAAUGGUGUUGUCGGAGGUGGAGGCACGGUCUGGGCCGCCAUCAAUUUCGAAACCAAAACCGAGAGCAACUGUGCCUUGAUGUACAACUUAUCAUUCUGUUCCGAAGUUGCCUAUGCAGUCCCGACGAAUCCCGACAAGUUCUCUCCCACGACCGGCCUUCCUGAACUGGCGGCUUUGUACGAUUCUCACGCCGCACAGAUGUACCAGUACUUCAACUACUCCUUGCAACAAAUACCGUGUAACACCACCUCAAGCGCGCAGUACUCUCUGGCGCGGAAUUGCGAUGACUGCGCUCGCGCGUACAAGCAAUGGCUCUGCGCCGUUACCAUCCCCCGCUGUGCCGACUACUCCAAUAAAAGCCCAUUUCUCCAGCCACGCAACCUGGGACAACCGUUUGUCAAUGGAUCCAGCAUCUCGUCUUCGCAAUUCAACGUCGAUCAAGCCCUAUUAAACGCCGUCGCAACCAACUCCUCCCGCAACCCCAUCAUUGACGAAUCCAUCCAGCCGGGUCCCUACAAGGAAGUCCUCCCUUGUAUAGAUCUGUGUUAUGAUCUAGUCCAGAGUUGUCCCGCGAGCCUGGGAUUUGCAUGUCCCCUGACCGGCGCAGGUCUAGAGGCUAGUUACGGUCAGAGGAGUAAUGAUUCUGGCGUGAUCAGCUGUAGUUAUUUGGGGGCCGCGUACUAUCUCAGUGAUGCCGAAAGAAUGACGGCACCGCGAUUGAGCAAGAUGGCUCUGUUGGCGUUUGCAGUAGCUUUGACGAUUUGUUUUUAG